AUGCAUUUGCAUUCCAACAAUUUUUUUGACUUGAUGGACUGUUUCAGUAGUUUCCUAACGCAAAUAAAAGUGACAUUUAAAUUGAUUAUAUUUUGGGUGAAUGAACGAAAAUUCUUUGAGAUCUUGACGAUGAUGGCAGAAGACUGGAACGAUUGCGCUGGUAGUAACAUCAAUAUGCGUGAAACAGCAUGCAAAGCUAAAUUAGCAAAUCGUAUCACUAAUGCCAUGUUCACUCUUCAUACGUUAACUAUUGUUGCGUAUAGUAUUGGCAUUCUUUUGGCUGACGUCGACGUCACCGGGAAGUCCGAAUUACCUCUUCUCUUAAAGAUGGAGCUUCCUGUUAACAUAAACACAAAGCUCACGUAUAAAAUGCUUCUGACCAUGCAAUUCGUGCAUCUCAUCAUGUGCGCCUGGGGAACGGGUCUAUUGAACGCCUUGCUUUUAACUUUGACUUUACAUGUAGGUGGUCAGAUGGAUAUUCUGCGUUGCAAGUUAAAUGGACUCGUACUACGUAGAAAUGAAGUAUCCGAGUCUGUCGCCGUCAAGACAAAUAGAAUUAUUCGCAAGCAUCAGAGAAUAAUUAAUUUUUCGGAAUAUAUUGAGGAUUUAUAUACAUACAUCGCAUUAGUGCAAUUUACAUCGAACACUGUGCUGAUUUGCUCUUUGGGAUUUCUUAUUGUAACGGCAAUUGGCAGUCCCGAUGCAACGCAGCACAUAGUGCGAUCUCUUUUAUUUUAUACCGUGACGAAUCUUGAAGCAUUUAUAUUUUGUUAUGCAGGAGAAUAUAUAAAAGACAAGAGUAAAGCUAUCGGAAAUGCGGCGUACAACUCCGCCUGGUACGAAAUGAAACCGAAAAACAGUCGUAAUUUAAUAUUCGUGACAUUAAGAGCGCAAAAGCAAUUGACACUUACAGUUGGAAAAAUAAUGGAUCUCUCCUUACAAUCUUUUACAAGUAUCAUGAAAGCAUCAGGAUCAUAUUUGUCAGUACUGCUAGCUAUGCAAUAA